UAACAGUUCACAGCACAGUUGCGGAAGUAUUUUUAAAAACAGCUGGAGGUUAUCGCUGUCCAGCAAUAAAAAGAGUUCACUGGAGAAUUUUGAGCCUGUAUUGAAUAUUGAAUAAAGUUAUUGAUAGAAAGAAGUGAGAAAGAAUAUAGGAACCUUGAUAAUGAUGAUGAUGAACUAUAUAUUGAAAGAUAUAAGCACCAGCAAUUCACUUACAAUGAUCAAGUUCAUAGUUUUCCUGUUAGUCCGUACUACAUUAUCACAAGACGAGCCAGUUCGACUUCAAGGACCAAAAAGCGGAGAAGGAAUUGGUCGUGUAGAAAUAUUCUACAAUGGAGAAUGGGGCACAAUUUGUGACGAUUUGUGGGAUUUGCAAGAUGCUAUGGUUGUAUGUCGUCAACUUCGUUAUAAGAGUGUAGUAAAGGCUUUACAAGGAAGUUCAGUUCCUGAUGGUACUGGAAAGAUAUGGUUAGAUAAUGUUGCUUGUACGGGUUCAGAAGUUAAUGUAUCUAGUUGUUCACAUAAUGGAUGGGGAAAACACAACUGUGGACAUUAUGAAGAUGCUGGUGUAGAAUGUCUUACAUACGAGCCAGUUCGACUUCGAGGACCAAGAAGCGGAGAAGGAAUUGGUCGUGUAGAAAUUUUCUACAAUGGAGAAUGGGGCACAAUUUGUGACGAUGGUUGGGAUUUGCAAGAUGCUAUGGUUGCAUGUCGUCAACUUGGUUAUGGUAGUGCAGCAAAGGCUUUACAAGGAAGCUCUGUUCCUGAUGGUAGUGGAAAGAUAUGGUUGGAUAAUGUUGCUUGUACGGGCUCAGAAAAUAAUGUAUCUAGUUGUUCACAUAUUGGAUGGGGAAAACACGAUUGUGGACAUUAUGAAGAUGCUGGUGUAGAAUGUUCAUCAUUUCGACUUCAAGGACCAAGAAGAGGCGAAGGAAUUGGACGUGUAGAAAUAUUCUACAAUGGAGAAUGGGGCACAAUUUGUGACGAUGGUUGGGAUUUGCAAGAUGCUAUGGUUGUAUGUCGUCAACUUGGAUUUAAUGGUGCAGUAAAAGCUUUACACGGAAGCUCUGUUCCUGAUGGUAGUGGAAAGAUAUGGUUAGAUGAUGUUGUUUGUACGGGUUCAGAAGUUAAUGUAUCUAGUUGUUCACAUAAUAGAUGGGGAACACACAAUUGUGGACAUUAUGAAGAUGCUGGUGUAGAAUGUGUAGCAUUGCGACUUCAAGGACCAAGAAGCAGCGAAGGAAUUGGUCGUGUAGAAAUUUUCUACAAUGGAGAAUGGGGCACAAUUUGUGACGAUGAUUGGCAUUUGCAAGAUGCUAUGGUUGUAUGUCAUCAACUUGGAUAUAAUAGAGCAGUAAAGGCUUUACAAGGAAGUUCUGUUCCUGAUGGAAGUGGAAAGAUAUGGUUAGAUGAUGUUGCUUGUACGGGUUCAGAAGUUAAUGUAUCUAGCUGUUCACAUAAUGGAUGGGGAACACACAACUGUGGACAUAGUGAAGAUGCCGGUGUAGAAUGUCUAACAUAUGAGCCAAUUCGACUUCAAGGACCAAGAAGCAGGGAAGAAAUUGGUCGAAUAGAGAUUUUCUACAAUGGAGAAUGGGGCACAAUUUGUGAUGAUACUUGGGAUUUGCAAGAUGCUAUGGUUGCAUGUCGUCAACUUAGAUUUAAUGGUGCAGUAAAAGCUUUACAAGGAAGCUCUGUUCCAGAUGGUAGUGGAAAGAUAUGGUUAAAUAACGUUGGUUGUACGGGUUCAGAAGUUAAUGUAUCUAGUUGUUCACAUAAUGGAUGGGGAACACACGACUGUGGACAUUAUGAAGAUGCUGGUGUAGAAUGUCUAACAUACGAGCCAGUUCGACUUCAAGGACCAAGAAGCAGCGAAGGGAUUGGUCGUGUAGAAAUACUCUACAAUGGAAAAUGGGGCACAAUUUGUGACGAUGGUUGGGAUUUGCAAGAUGCUAUGGUUGUAUGUCGUCAACUUGGAUUUAAUGGUGCAGUAAAGGCUUUACAAGGAAGUUCUGUUCCUGAUGGUAGUGGAAGGAUAUUGUUAGAUAAUGUUGCUUGUACGGGUUCAGAAGUUAAUGUAUCUAGUUGUACACACAAUGGAUGGGGAACACACAAUUGUGGACAUGAUGAAGAUGCUGGUGUAGAAUGCCUAACAUACGAACCAGUUCGACUUCAAGGACCAAGAAGAAGCGAGGGAGUUGGUCGAAUAGAAAUUUUUUACAAUGGAGAAUGGGGCACAAUUUGUGACGAUGCUUGGGGUUCGCAAGAUGCUAAGGUUGCAUGUCGUCAACUUGGUUAUGGUAGAGCAGUAAAAGCUUUACAAGGACGUUCUGUUCCUGAUGGUAGUGGAAGGAUUUGGUUAGAUAAUGUUGCUUGUACGGGCUCAGAAGUUAAUGUAUCUAGUUGUAAACAUAAUGGAUGGGGAAGACACAAUUGUGGACAUAGUGAAGAUGCUGGUGUAGAAUGUUCAUUAUUGCGACUUCAAGGACCAAGAAGCAGGGAAGGAAUUGGUCGUGUAGAAAUAUUCUACAAUGGAGAAUGGGGCACAAUUUGUGACGAUGAUUGGGAUUUGCCAGAUGCUAUGGUUGCAUGUCGCCAACUUGGUUAUGGUAGUGCAGUAAAGGCUUUACAAGGAAGUUCUGUUCCUGAUGGUAGUGGAAAGAUAUGGUUACAUGAUGUUGCUUGUACGGGCUCAGAAGUUAAUGUAUCUAGUUGUUCACAUGGUGGAUGGGAAACACACAACUGUAGACAUAGUGAAGAUGCUGGUGUAGAAUGUUCAUCAUACGAUCCUGUUCGACUCCAAGGACCAAGAAGCGGCGAAGGAAUUGGUCGCGUAGAAAUUUUCUAUAAAGAAGAAUGGGGUACAAUUUGUGACUAUGGUUGGGGUUUGGGAGAUGCUAUGGUUGUAUGUCGUCAACUUGGUUAUGGUAGAGCAGUAAAAGCUUUAAGAGGAAGUUCUGUUCCUGAUGGUAGUGGCAAGAUAUGGUUAGAUAAUGUUGGUUGUACGGGUUUGGAAGUUAAUGUAUCUAUUUGUACACAUAAUGGAUGGGGAACACACAAUUGUGGACAUAGUAAAGAUGCUGGUGUAGAAUGUUCAUCAUUUCGACUUCAAGGACCAAAAAGGUAUAAAGGAAUUGGUCGUGUAGAAAUUUUCUACAAUAAGGAAUGGGGCACAAUUUGUGACAAUGGUUGGGAUUUGCAAGAUGCUAUGGUUGCAUGUCGUCAACUUGGAUUUAAUGGUGCAGUAAAAGCUUUACACGGAAGCUCUGUUCCUGAUGGUAGUGGAAAGAUAUGGUUAGAUAAUGUUGUUUGUACAGGCUCAGAAGUUAAUGUAUCUAGUUGUUCACAUAGUGGAUGGGAAACACACAACUGUAGACAUAGUAAAGAUGCUGGUGUAGAAUGUCUUACAUAUGAGCCAAUUCGACUUCAAGGACCAAGAAGCAGGGAAGGAAUUGGUCGAAUAGAGAUUUUCUACAAUGGAGAAUGGGGCGCAAUUUGUGAUGAUACUUGGGAUUUGCAAGAUGCUAUGGUUGCAUGUCGUCAACUUAGAUUUAAUGGUGCAGUAAAAGCUUUACAAGGAAGCUCUGUUCCAGAUGGUAGUGGAAAGAUAUGGUUAAAUAACGUUGGUUGUACGGGUUCAGAAGUUAAUGUAUCUAGUUGUUCACAUAAUGGAUGGGGAACAGACAAUUGUGGACAUUAUGAAGAUGCUGGUGUAGAAUGUGUAGCAUUGCGACUUCAAGGACCAAGAAGCAGCGAAGGAAUUGGUCGUGUAGAGAUUUUCUACAAUGGAGAAUGGGGCACAAUUUGUGACGAUGGUUGGGAUUUGCAAGAUGCUAUGGUUGCAUGUCGUCAACUUGGAUUUAAUGGUGCAGUAAAAGCUUUACAAGGAAGCUCUGUUCCAGAUGGUAGUGGAAAGAUAUGGUUAAAUAACGUUGGUUGUACGGGUUCAGAAGUUAAUGUAUCUAUUUGUACACACAAUAGAUGGGGAACACACAAUUGUAGACAUAGUGAAGAUGCUGGUGUAGAUUGUGUAACAUACAAACCGGUCAGAAUUCAAGGACCAAGAAGCAGUGAAGGAAUUGGUCGAAUAGAAAUUUUAUACAAUGGAGAAUGGGGCACAAUUUGUGACGAUUUUUGGGAUUUGCGAGAUGCUAUGGUUGCAUGUCGUCAAGUUGGUUAUGGUAGAGCAGUAAAGGCUUUACAAGGAAGUUCUGUCCCAGAUGGAAGUGGAAAGAUAUGGUUAGAUGAUGUUGCUUGUACGGGUUCAGAAGUUAAUGUAUCUAGUUGUAAACAUAAUGGAUGGGGAAAACACAAUUGUGAACAUAGUGAAGAUGCUGGUGUAGAAUGUCUAACAUACGAGCCAGUUCGACUUCAAGGACAAAGAAGCAUGGAAGGAAUUGGUCGUGUAGAAAUUUUCUACAAUGGAGAAUGGGGCACAAUUUGUGACGAUGGUUGGGAUUUGCCAGAUGCAAUGGUUGCUUGUCGUCAACUUGGUUAUGGUAGAGCAGUAAAAGCUUUAAAAGGAAGUUCUGUUCCAGAUGGUAGUGGAAAGAUAUGGUUAGAUAACGUUGCUUGUACGGGUUCAGAAGUUAAUGUAUCUAGUUGUUCACAUAAUAGAUGGGGAACACACAAUUGUGGACAUAGUGAAGAUGCUGGUGUAGAAUGUCUAGCAUUGCGACUUCAAGGACCAAGAAGCAGCGAAGGAAUUGGUCGUGUAGAAAUUUUCUACAAUGGAGAAUGGGGCACAAUUUGUGACGAUGGUUGGGAUUUGCCAGAUGCAAUGGUUGCUUGUCGUCAACUUGGUUAUGGUAGAGCAGUAAAAGCUUUAAAAGGAAGUUCUGUUCCAGAUGGUAGUGGAAAGAUAUGGUUAGAUAAUGUCGUUUGUUCGGGUUCAGAAGUUAUUGUAUCUAGUUGUACACAUAAAGGAUGGGGAACACAGGAUUGUGGACAUGGUCAAAAUGCUGGUGUAGAAUGUCUAGCAUUGCGACUUCAAGGACCAAGAAGCAGCGAAGGAAUUGGUCGUGUAGAAAUUUUCUACAAUGGAGAAUGGGGCACAAUUUGUGACGAUGGUUGGGAUUUGCCAGAUGCUAUGGUUGCUUGUCGUCAACUUGGUUAUAUUAGAGCAGUAAAAGCUUUACAAGGAAGUUCUGUUCCAGAUGGUAGUGGAAAGAUAUGGUUAGAUAAUGUCGUUUGUUCGGGUUCAGAAGUUAUUGUAUCUAGUUGUACACAUAAAGGAUGGGGAACACAGAAUUGUGGACAUGGUCAAAAUGCUGGUGUAGAAUGUCUAAUAUUGCGACUUCAAGGACCAAGAAGCAGCGAAGGAAUUGGUCGUGUAGAACUUUUCUACAAUGGAGAAUGGGGCACAAUUUGUGACGAUGGUUGGGAUUUGCAAGAUGCUAUGGUAGCUUGUCGUCAACUUGGUUAUGGUAGAGCAGUAAAGGCUUUAAUAGGAAGUUCUGUUCCAGAUGGUAGUGGAAAGAUAUGGUUAGAUAAUGUUGGUUGUACAGGUUCAGAAGUUAAUGUAUCUAGUUGUAAACAUAAUGGAUGGGAAACACACAAUUGUGGACAUAGUGAAGAUGCUGGUGUAGAAUGCCAAACAUCCAAACCAGUUCGACUUCAAGGACCAAGAAGCAGGGAAGGAAUUGGUCGAAUAGAAAUUUUUUACAAUGGAAAAUGGGGCACAAUUUGUGACGAUGAUUGGGAUUUGCAAGAUGCUAUGGUUGUAUGUCGUCAACUUGGUUAUAGUAGUGCUGUAAAGGCUUUACAAGGAAGUUCUGUUCCUGAUGGCAGUGGAAAGAUAUGGUUAGAUAAUGUUGUUUGUACGGGUUCAGAAGUUAAUGUAUCUAGUUGUUCACAUAAUGGAUGGGAAUCACACAAUUGUGGACAUAGUGAAGAUGCUGGUGUAGAAUGUCUAACAUACGAACCAGUGCGACUUCAAGGACAAAGAAGCAUGGAAGGAAUUGGUCGAAUAGAAAUUUUUUACAAUGGAGAAUGGGGCACAAUUUGUGACGAUAGUUGGGAUUUUCAAGAUGCUAUGGUUGCAUGUCGGCAACUUGGUUAUGGUAGUGCAGUAAAGGCUUUACAAGGAAGUUCUGUUCCUGAUGGUCGUGGAAAGAUAUGGUUAGAUAAUGUUGAUUGUACAGGUUUAGAAGUUAAUGUAUCUAGUUGUACACAUAAUGGAUGGGGAACACACAAUUGCGGACAUAGUGAAGAUGCUGGUGUAGAAUGCCUAACAUUGCGACUUCAAGGACCAAAAAGCAGGGAAGGAAUUGGUCGGGUAGAAAUUUUCUACAAUGGAGAAUGGGGCACAAUUUGUGACGAUGGUUGGGAUUUGCGAGAUGCUAUGGUUGCAUGUCGUCAACUUGGUUAUGGUAGUGCAGUAAAAGCUUUACAAGGAAGCUCUGUUCCUGGUGGUACUGGAAAGAUAUGGUUAGAAAAUGUUGCUUGUACGGGUUCAGAAGUUAAUGUAUCUAGUUGCUCACAUGGUGGAUGGGAAAGACACAAUUGUGGACAUAAAGAAGAUGCUGGUGUAGAAUGUCUAACAUUGCGACUUCAAGGACCAAGAAGUAGCGAAGGAAUUGGUCGUGUAGAAAUUUUCCAUAAAGAACAAUGGGGCACUAUUUGUGACAAUCAUUGGGAUUUUCAAGAUGCUAUGGUUGCAUGUCGUCAACUUGGUUAUGGUAGAGCAGUAAUGGCUUUACAAGGAAGUUCUGUUCCUGAUGGUCGUGGAAAGAUAUGGUUAGAUAAUGUUGAUUGUACAGGUUCAGAAGUUAAUGUAUCUAGUUGUACAAAUAAUGGAUGGGGAACACACAAUUGUGGACAUAGUGAAGAUGCUGGUGUAGAAUGCGUAACAUUGCGACUUCAAGGACCAAGAAGCAGGGAAGGAAUUGGUCGGGUAGAAAUUUUCUACAAUGGAGAAUGGGGCACAAUUUGUGACGAUAGUUGGGAUUUGCGAGAUGCUAUGGUUGCAUGUCGUCAACUUGGUUAUGGUAGUGCAGUAAAAGCUUUACAAGGAAGCUCUGUUCCUGGUGGUACUGGAAAGAUAUGGUUAGAUAAUGUUGCUUGUACGGGUUCAGAAGUUAAUGUAUCUAGUUGCUCACAUGGUGGAUGGGAAAGACACAAUUGUGGACAUAAAGAAGAUGCUGGUGUAGAAUGUCUAACAUUGCGACUUCAAGGACCAAGAAGUAGCGAAGGAAUUGGUCGUGUAGAAAUUUUCCAUAAAGAACAAUGGGGCACUAUUUGUGACAAUCAUUGGGAUUUUCAAGAUGCUAUGGUUGCAUGUCGUCAACUUGGUUAUGGUAGAGCAGUAAUGGCUUUACAAGGAAGUUCUGUUCCUGAUGGUCGUGGAAAGAUAUGGUUAGAUAAUGUUGAUUGUACAGGUUCAGAAGUUAAUGUAUCUAGUUGUACAAAUAAUGGAUGGGGAACACACAAUUGUGGACAUAGUGAAGAUGCUGGUGUAGAAUGCGUAACAUUGCGACUUCAAGGACAAAGAAGCAUGGAAGGAAUUGGUCGAAUAGAAAUUUUUUACAAUGGAGAAUGGGGCACAAUUUGUGACGAUAGUUGGGAUUUUCAAGAUGCUAUGGUUGCAUGUCGGCAACUUGGUUAUGGUAGUGCAGUAAAGGCUUUACAAGGAAGUUCUGUUCCUGAUGGUCGUGGAAAGAUAUGGUUAGAUAAUGUUGAUUGUACAGGUUCAGAAGUUAAUGUAUCUAGUUGUACACAUAAUGGAUGGGGAACACACAAUUGCGGACAUAGUGAAGAUGCUGGUGUAGAAUGCCUAACAUUGCGACUUCAAGGACAAAGAAGCAUGGAAGGAAUUGGUCGAAUAGAAAUUUUUUACAAUGGAGAAUGGGGCACAAUUUGUGACGAUAGUUGGGAUUUUCAAGAUGCUAUGGUUGCAUGUCGGCAACUUGGUUAUGGUAGUGCAGUAAAGGCUUUACAAGGAAGUUCUGUUCCUGAUGGUCGUGGAAAGAUAUGGUUAGAUAAUGUUGAUUGUACAGGUUCAGAAGUUAAUGUAUCUAGUUGUACACAUAAUGGAUGGGGAACACACAAUUGCAGACAUAGUGAAGAUGCUGGUGUAGAAUGCCUAACAUUGCGACUUCAAGGACAAAGAAGCAUGGAAGGAAUUGGUCGAAUAGAAAUUUUUUACAAUGGAGAAUGGGGCACAAUUUGUGACGAUAGUUGGGAUUUUCAAGAUGCUAUGGUUGCAUGUCGGCAACUUGGUUAUGGUAGUGCAGUAAAGGCUUUACAAGGAAGCUCUGUUCCUGAUGGUCGUGGAAAGAUAUGGUUAGAUAAUGUUGAUUGUACAGGUUCAGAAGUUAAUGUAUCUAGUUGUACACAUAAUGGAUGGGGAACACACAAUUGCGGACAUAGUGAAGAUGCUGGUGUAGAAUGCCUAACAUUGCGACUUCAAGGACCAAGAAGCAGGGAAGGAAUUGGUCGGGUAGAAAUUUUCUACAAUGGAGAAUGGGGCACAAUUUGUGACGAUGGUUGGGAUUUGCGAGAUGCUAUGGUUGCAUGUCGUCAACUUGGUUAUGGUAGUGCAGUAAAAGCUUUACAAGGAAGCUCUGUUCCUGGUGGUACUGGAAAGAUAUGGUUAGAAAAUGUUGCUUGUACGGGUUCAGAAGUUAAUGUAUCUAGUUGCUCACAUGGUGGAUGGGAAAGACACAAUUGUGGACAUAAAGAAGAUGCUGGUGUAGAAUGUCUAACAUUGCGACUUCAAGGACCAAGAAGUAGCGAAGGAAUUGGUCGUGUAGAAAUUUUCCAUAAAGAACAAUGGGGCACUAUUUGUGACAAUCAUUGGGAUUUUCAAGAUGCUAUGGUUGCAUGUCGUCAACUUGGUUAUGGUAGAGCAGUAAUGGCUUUACAAGGAAGUUCUAUUCCAGAUGGUAGUGGAAAGAUUUGGUUAGAUAAUGUUGGUUGUACAGGUUCAGAAGUUAAAGUAUCUAGUUGUACACAUGGUGGAUGGGGAACACACUAUUGUGGACAUAGUGGAGAUGCUGGUGUAGAAUGUCUGACAUCGAAUCAGUCUAAAAUCUGUGUCUUUGAACAUGGCCUGGCUACGAGUUUAUGUCCAUGGGACAAUGUUGAGGGAGUUGAUGAUGACGAUUGGACUCUCUCAGAUUUUAAUUCCACCGCAUCGACGUUUGGGCGAUAUCUUUAUUCUCGAGGACGAUUCUAUUCGCCAGGCAAAGCUUGGUUGGUGGGAAAUUAUCAAAAUGACUCUCUCGUGUGCUUUUCAUUUUUGUAUUACAUGAAUAGAAGUGUUUUGUUAAUUUUAAAUAUUUACCAAGAAUAUUUUCACAAUGGAUACAAUCGUUUACUGUGGUCAUUAAGUGGUGAUGAAGGAAACGAGUGGAAAAAAGGCCAAGUCACAGUUAAUUUUACCAUGGGUCUAUCUAGGUUAAUCAUUGAAAGCGUUACAGAUCAUGGCAGUUUUACAUCACUUGCUAAUCUUGCUUUUACCUCUGAGCACUGUGAAACAAUACCAAAGAUAGCCACUCCUAGUAAUGUUUUUAAUUGUUCCAUUGGUUCAUUCUUUUUGUUUCAAAGCAAGAAAUGUGAGAAAUGUCCAACUUCUACAUAUCAACCAUACACAAAUCAAACUCGUUGUCUUACCUGUAAUGAUGGUAAAGGUACCAUCAAUGUUGGCGCAGUGAGUGAACAAGAAUGUAUAAAAGAUUGCAAUUCUGGAUACAUGUACAAUUUCAACCAAUCAGAUUGUGUUCCUUGUCCUAAAAACACUUAUCAACCAAUGAAAAAACAGAUUCAAUGUAACCAAUGUCCACAUGGUACAAUAACGUACACAAAUGAUCCUCACGUUAAUAUAACUGACUGCAAAGAAGAAUGUCGUCCAGGUCAUUACUUUAAUUUGUCUGAGAUGGUUUGUACAAAAUGUCCACGAAACUCGACGCAAGAGAAUAAAGGACAGAUCACAUGUGACGUUUGUCCAAUAAAUCUACCAAUCACAGAGAAGGAAGGAAAAGUUUUUCAGUCAGAUUGUAUUCAAAACUGUGAUCCAGGUUCUUAUUUUAACAAAACGACCUUAAAUUGUACCAAAUGUAAAAAAAAUAGUUAUCAACCACAGACAGGAAAAACAAAAUGUUUUACGUGUGGAAUGAACAAGAUCACCAUAGAAACUGGAGCUAUUGACAAGACACAAUGCAUUGAAGAUUGUUUUGCUGGUUCAUUCUAUUCGUUUCAAACCAACCAAUGUGAAUAUUGUCCAGUGAAUUUUUAUCAACCCAACUUUGGUCAAAUUCAUUGCAUCGCCUGUCGCAAUGGUACAGUUACAGUUGAAAAUGGGGCAAACAGCCAUCUUGACUGUAUCAAAGAAUGCAAUCCAGGAUACAUGUACAAUUUCAACCAAUCAGAUUGUGUUCCUUGUUCUAAAAACACAUAUCAACCAAUGAAAGGACAGAUUCAAUGUAACCAAUGUCCACAUGGUACAAUGACGUACACAGAUGAUCGCCACGUUUAUAUUAACGACUGCAAAGAAGAAUGUCGUCCAGGUCAUUAUUUUAAUAUGUCUGAAAUGGUUUGCGAAAAAUGUCCACGAAACUGGACACAAAACAAAAAAGGACAGAUCACAUGUGAUGUGUGUCCAAUAAAUCUACCAAUCACAGAGAAGAAAGGAACAGUUUUUCAAUCUGAUUGUAUUCAAAAUUGUAAUGCAGGUUCUUAUUUUAACAAAACGACUUUAAAUUGUACCAAAUGUAAAAAAAAUAGUUAUCAACCACAGACUGGAAAAACAAAAUGUUUAACGUGUGGAAUGAACAAGAUCACCAUGGAAACUGGCGCUAUAGACAAGACACAAUGCAUUGAAAAUUGUUCUGCUGGUUCAUUCUAUUCGUUUCAAACCAACCAAUGUGAAUAUUGUCCUGUGAAUUUUUAUCAACCCAACUUUGGUCAAAUACAUUGCAUUGCCUGUCGCAAUGGUACAGUUACAGUUGAAAACGGGACAAUCAGCCAUCUUGACUGUAUCAAAGACUGUAAUCAAGGAUACAUGUACAGUUUCAACCAAUCAGAUUGUGUUCCCUGCCCAAAAAACACAUAUCAACCAAUGAAAGGACAGAUUCGAUGCAACCAAUGUCCACAUGGUACAAUGACGUACACAGAUGAUCGCCACGUUAAUAUUAACGACUGUAAAGAAGUAUGCCUUCCUGGAUAUUACUUUAAUUUGUCUGAAAUGGUUUGUACAAAAUGUCCACGAAACUCAACACAAGAGAACAAAGGACAGAUCACAUGUGACGUGUGUCCUAUAAAUCUACCAAUCACAGAGAAGGAAGGAACAGUCUUUCAAUCUGAUUGUAUUCAAAAUUGUAAUGCAGGUUCCUAUUUUAACAAAACAACUUUAAAUUGUACCAAAUGUAAAAGAAAUAGUUAUCAACCACAGACUGGAAAAACAAAAUGCUUUACGUGUGGAACAAACAAGAUCACCAUGGAAACUGGAGCUAUUUAUAAGGCAAAAUGCAUUGAAGACUGCGAUCCAGGAUACAUGUACAAUUUCUACCUAUCAGAUUGUGCUCCUUGUCCAAAAAACACAUAUCAACCAACGAAAGGACAGAUUCAAUGUAACGAAUGUCCACAUGGUACAAUUACGUACACAGAUGAUCCUCACGUCAAUAUAUCCCACUGUAAAGAAGAAUGUCGUCCAGGUCAUUAUUUUAAUUUUUCUGAAAUGGUUUGUACAAAAUGUCCGCGAAACUCGACACAAGAGAACAAAGGACAGAUUACAUGUGAGGUGUGUCCAAUAAAUCUACCAAUCACAGAGAAGGAAGGAAGUGUUUUUCAAUCAGAUUGUAUUCAAAAUUGUAAUGCAGGUUCCUAUUUUAACAAAACGACUUUAAAUUGUACGAAAUGUAAAAGAAAUAGUUAUCAACCACAGACAGGAAAAACAAAAUGUUUUACGUGUGGAAUGAACAAGAUCACCAUAGAAACUGGAGCUAUUUACAAGACACAAUGCAUUGAAGAUUGUAAUGCAGGUUCCUAUUUUAACAAAACGACUUUAAAUUGUACCAAAUGUAAAAGAAAUAGUUAUCAACCACAGACUGGAAAAACAAAAUGUUUUGCGUGUGGAAUGAACAAGAUCACCAUAGAAACUGGAGCUAUUAACAAGAGACAAUGCAUUAAAGACUGCAAUCCAGGAUACAUGUACAAUUUCUACCAAUCAGAUUGUGUUCCUUGUCCAAAAAACACAUAUCAACCAAUGAAAGGACAGGUUCAAUGUAACCAAUGUCCACAUGGUACAAUUACGUACACAGAUGAUCCACACGUCAAUAUAUCCCACUGUAAAGAAGAAUGUCGUCCAGGUCAUUAUUAUGAUUUUUCUGAAAUGGUUUGUACAAAAUGUCCACGAAACUCGACACAAGAGAAGAAAGGACAGAUCACAUGUGACGUGUGUCCAAUAAAUCUACCAAUCACAGUGAAGGAAGGAACGGUUUUUCAAUCAGAUUGUAUUCAAAAUUGUAAUGCAGGCUCUUACUUUAACAAAACGACUUUAAAUUGUACGAAAUGUAAAAGAAAUAGUUAUCAACCACAGACAGGAAAAACAAAAUGUUUUACGUGUGAAAUAGACAAGAUCACCAUAGAAACUGGAGCUAUUGACAAGACACAAUGCAUUGAAGAUUGUUCUGCUGGUUCAUUCUACUCGUUUCAAACCAACCAAUGUGAAUAUUGUCCAGUGAAUUUUUAUCAACCCAACUUUGGUCAAAUUCAUUGCAUUGCCUGUCGCAAUAGUACAGUUACAAUUGAAAAUGGGACAAUCAGCCAUCUUGACUGUAUCAAAGACUGCCAUCCAGGAUACAUGUACAGUUUCAACCAAUCAGAUUGUAUUCCUUGUCCUAAAAACACGUAUCAACCAAUGAAAGGACAGUUUCAAUGUAAUCAAUGUCCACAUGGUACAAUAACGUACACAGAUGAUCUUCACGUUAAUAUAACCGACUGUAAAGAAGAAUGUCGUCCAGGAUAUUACUUUAAUUUGUCUGAAAUGGUUUGUACAAAAUGUCCACGAAACUCGACACAAGAGAACAAAGGACAGAUCACAUGUGACUUGUGUCCAAUAAAUCUACCAAUCACAGAGAAGGAAGGAACAGUUUUUCAAUCAGAUUGUAUUCAAGAUUGUAAUGCAGGUUCCUAUUUUAACAAAACGACUUUAAAUUGUACCAAAUGUAAAAGAAAUAGUUAUCAACCACAGACAGGAAAAACAAAUUGUUUUAAGUGUGGAAUAAAAAAGAUCACCAUAGAAACUGGCGCUAUUGACAAGAGGCAAUGCAUUGAAGACUGCAAUCCAGGAUACAUGUACAAUUUCAACCAAUCAGAUUGUGUUCCCUGUCCUAAAAACACAUAUCAACCAAUGAAAGGACAGAUUCGUUGCAAUCAAUGUCCACAUGGUACAAUGACGUACACAGAUGAUCACCACGUUUAUAUUAGCGACUGUAAAGAAGAAUGUCGUCCAGGAUAUUACUUUAAUUUGUCUGAAAUGGUUUGUACAAAAUGUCCACGAAACUCGACACAAGAGAACAAAGGACAGAUCACAUGUGACUUGUGUCCAAUAAAUCUACCAAUCACAGAGAAGGAAGGAACAGUUUUUCAAUCAGAUUGUAUUCAAGAUUGUAAUGCAGGUUCCUAUUUUAACAAAACGACUUUAAAUUGUACCAAAUGUGAAAGAAAUAGUUAUCAACCACAGACUGGAAAAACAAAGUGUUUUACGUGUGGAAUGAACAAGAUCACCAUAGAAACUGGAGCUAUUGACAAGAUACAAUGCAUGGAAGACUGCAAUCCAGGAUACAUGUACAAUUUCUACCAAUCAGAUUGUGCUCCUUGUCCAAAAAACACAUAUCAACCAAUGAAAGGACAGGUUCAAUGUAACCAAUGUCCACAUGGUACAAUUACGUACACAGAUGAUCCUCAUGUCAAUAUAUCCCACUGUAAAGAAGAAUGUCGUCCAGGUCAUUAUUUUAAUUUAUCUGAAAUGGUUUGUACAAAAUGUCCACGAAACUCGACACAAGAGAACAAAGGACAGAUCACAUGUGACGCGUGUCCAAUAAAUCUGCCAAUUACAGAGAAGGAGGGAACAGUUUUUCAAUCAGAUUGUAUUCAAAAUUGUAAUGCAGGUUCCUUUUUUAACAAAACGACUUUAAAUUGUACGAAUUGUAAAAGAAAUAGUUAUCAACCACAGACAGGAAAAACAAAAUGUUUUACGUGUGGAAUGAACAAGAUCACCAUAGAAACUGCAGCUAUUGACAAGAGACAAUGCAUUGAAGGUUCUUCACGCAAAUUUAUCGGAAAACUUAAAAAGACUGUUAUUCCCUAUGCAAUAUCGGCAAUUUUGUUUCUGUUUUGUAUUCUCUUGUUGUGUUAUCUCCUUAGAUGGCGGAUGAAGAAAAACAAAAAAAUGACGAGAUCUGGCAAUGGCCGACCAAUAAACCAACGAAAUCGCAUCUUAACUCAAGAUCACAACUCUGAAACCAACUUAAAUGAUCUGACAAACGUAUCUGGUAAUGAAUUUGUGCUCCAGUCUCGAUCACAUCAAAGUCUGAAUCACGUGUAUGAAGAACCGAGAUGGGAACCCGAAAAUCAUUCCAGUGUUGUGAAAAUCAGCUUUGAACCUUGUCCUCCCCGAUAUGAGGAACCUAUUAAUGUAACCUUUCACAAGUCACCACAGAACCAGAGUGUUCAUCAAUGCGAGAAUUUUUCUGUCCGUGAUUCAAUGAUUAAUGAAGAUAAUGGUGAACGAUAUACAUCUUUGAUAUUACCCCCAGGCUGUAGAAAUGACUUGAAAAAUAAUGACUAUCAACCACUGCUGAAGAAUGGUAAUGUAACAAAUGGGGAACGUGUUGAUCAAUACCAAAAUUCUAUUGUCCGUGAUUCAAUGAUUAAUGAAGAUAAUGGUGAACGAUAUACAUCUUUGAUAUUACCCCCAGGCUGUAGAUAUGACUUAGAAAAUAAUGUCUAUCAAUCACUGCUGAAGAAUGGUAAUGUAACAAAUGGUGAAAGUGUUGAUCAAUACCAAAAUUCUUUUGUCAGUGACUUGAUGAUUGAUGAGGAGAAAGGUGAGCAUUAUAAAUCUUUGAUAAAAUUUCCAGGAAGUAGAAAUGAUACAGAAAAUAACGGUUAUCAAUCAUUGCUGAAGAAUGAUAAUGUAACAAAUGGUAAAAGUGUUGAUGAAUAAUGAAAUUCUUCCGUCAGUAAUUCGAUGAUCAAGGAAGACAAAGGCGAGAAAUACUUGAGACUUAUUGAAUGAGACUGAACAUUAUUCUACACCGACAUCAAUGUUUGUUUUAUUACACAAUUAUAAAUGUAAAAGUCUUCAAACUAUUUUUGUAUGGAAGCCAAAAAGUUUUUUGUGAUUUUACAGUAAAUAAUCCUAA